UACCAGAUAAUCAUGAACAGACAAGCUAUAAGAACAAUCAAGACAAAACCAUUCAGCGCCGUAACUUCUACAGUAGCGAGUGCUACACAAGCCGCACAAACCAAAUCAAUACCAAUAACCAAACCAUUUGGAUUAGACAAGCCAGUCUUGCUUAACCAUACCAUUCCAGAAAACCAAUACAACUUGCUGUCAAUCUGGCAUAACAUCACGAGUGUUGAAGGCAGAGCAAGACGUCAGAAACAAUUAGACUACGAUAUCAAACACUCUGCUCUUUUCGAUGCCAAGUCUUUCAAUAAUGUUCAAGGGAAGAUCUUUACUCCACCACCAGCAUACUUCAAAUCACAAUAUUCGAAAUAUUUCCCUGAUUUCAUAGCGCAAACUCUUGGUGGAAAGAAUUUAUCGCUUUAUGACGUAUUGGAGAAGAAAGUCUCCAUCGUGAAUUUGUUUUCUACAGUUACCGGUCAACAGUGUGUGAACUCGUACUAUAAGGUAGAAGGCAAAGACUUGUACGCCAAAGAUUACAGCUCCUUCCAAGAAACAUAUCCAAAUUGUCAGAUUAUCGAUAUCAACGUCCCUCAAUCAUGGCUUAAAGGGUUCUUACUUAAUUUAUCCAUUAACAAUCUUAAGAAAAUGAUUCCGCAGCUGAGAUACGACAGGUAUUUUAUCUUACCAGACCAAAUAUUUCAAUAUGAGGUUAGAGACUCACUUUUAUGCAGUAAUUCCUGUUCAGGGUAUAUCUAUGUGUUAGACCUGAAAGGAAGAGUAAGAUGGGCCACUAGUGGGUACUCGACAGAAGAAGAUUUGAAGUUAAUGUGGAAAGUAGUUAAAGGGUUGAAUAAUGAGAAGUUCUAGAUGUUACCCGGCUAGAAAUCUUGUACAUAUAAAUAUAGACGUUUUUUUUUCCUUCUCCAGACAACGCAAAUCAUCAUCAUCAUCAUCACUGAUGUAAACAAUGCCACUUUGUAAUCUUGAUCAAAUCAAGCGUACACAGAGUGUGAAAGAUUGGAAACUGUUUCUUAUCAGAGCUCAAGAUUGAACAUUGAACAGGCCGGUUCGAAGUGCACUCUUGAGCUCUUGUAAGUGACUGUAGACAUGUUAUCAACAGGUCCAUCCUAUAUCGACGCCUUGACCAUUGUAACACACUAAGAUCCAGCCCUGGAAUACGACAAUCCAGGUGACUGCUCUUUACAUCCUAAUCAAGUGUCUCUUUUUGCUGCGUUAGCAUCUUCAAGCAGAGACUUGGGUUUACGCUAGGAUAUCUCCAGGGUUGUAGCCCCAAUACUUUACACGUGAUACAUCGCACUG